AUGAUGUUGCUAGAGCAAACCAUUACUCCGAUUCACACAGUAAUCACCGGCGAAGCUUCAAAAGAAGGCGGUUCAACGGUAACUGUUGCACCAACAACCGGACAUGAGCAACCUGUCGACAGAGGACAACCUAUUUUCGUCGUUGUGCCAACACAAAGCACUCCGAUACAAGCACCCCAACUGGCGGUGAUACCAAGCAGUACGACCCUGCCAACAGUGGAAGACGCUAGCGCCACAUCGAGUCUCUUCCAACAGCUACCACCAAACCAGAUGGCAGGCGCACAACCGAUGGUUUUCCAGACACCACCACCGCCAAACCAGAUGGCAAGCGCAACCAGUGGUUUUCCAGACGCCACCACCGCCAAACUAGAUGGUAGGUGCAUAACCGGUGGUUCUCCAGACACCACCACCGCCAAACCAGAUGGAAGGCGCACAACCGGUGGAUUUCUGUAA